AGGCUCGGCCCAGAGGCCGAAUUCUGCGGGGACAGGAGACAACCCCCCACCAAAGGCCUUACAUGACAUCCUUGCAAGUGGCAGGGAAGCACAUCUGCGGAGGGUUCCUCAUCUCUGACCAGUGGGUCCUCAGCGCCGCUCAUUGCUUGGGUGAUGCGGGCAACGAGACAUUACAGGUCCUUGUGGGAGCCCAUUCCCUCUCAGAGGCGGAACCGAACAAACGCCUGGUGGGAGUCCAGGCCCUGUUCCCCCACCCUAACAGCAGCGCGGAGAACAACCACGACGACCUCUUGCUUAUCCAGCUCGAAGAGAAAGUGUCAACCAAUGCAGACGUGCAGGUCCUGGCUUUUCAGAGGCAAGACAGGGACGUUCCUGCGGGGACCCUGUGCGAGGUGGCCGGCUGGGGUUUCAUCAGUAACACUGGCAGGCUUCCGGAUAAACUACAUAGGGUGGAGCUGGCCAUCAUUGACCGAGCCACCUGCAACACGAGGAUCCAUUAUGAUGGCAGCAUUACGGAGAAACUGAUGUGUACUGAAUCCAAGAAGAAAGAUUCUUGCAAGGGGGACUCCGGCGGACCUCUCGUUUGCAAGGGGGUGGCGGAAGGCGUGGUGGCCACGGGCUCCCGCGUCUGUGGCAACUGGAAGAAGCCUGGCAUUUACACCCGGAUCAUGCCCUAUGUCGUCUGGAUCGACAGCGUCUUGGCUGCGGCGCAUCAGCCAACUGAUAGGCCAGAGGCUGCCCCUGUACCUUAA